AUGUCGCGGGGAUUCAAUGUGGCGCACCAGAAGGUGUCGCUGGACGUGGAUCUCGGGGAAAAGGUGCUGCGCGGCUCCACGGAAAUCACGAUUGUGCCGUCGGACCUGUCGAUACGGCAGUUUCGGUUCGACUGUCGGCAGGCGCAGAUCAAGUCUGUGUUGGUGAACGGCAAAAAGGCCACGUUCACACAUCACGACGCCAGCGGCUACGAGGCGUUCAGCGACUCGCGCACCGUCUCGGACGUCCAUCAGCACCAUCUCUACCGAAAGUACAUUGAUCACGCCCACAAGGAGGUGUUGGAGGGAGAGCUGGAGGUGAAUCUGCCGCGAGGCGUCAAGGUGAGCUAUCAGGACACGUCACGGGAAACAGGGCCCGCCGCAGACGAGGAGGCCGUCGGGGUGUACGCUCCUCUGAUUGUCACCAUUUCGUUUGUGGUCCGGGAUCCCAAGACGGGAGUCACGUUUGUCGGGGGCCAUGGAUCGAGGCUCAAAAAGUCGUUCUGGCAUGCAUACACAACCCACGCACCCAUAGGAGCGGCCACCAGCCACUGGCUGCCGUGUGUGGACGGUCUGUGGUCUCGAUGCACGUGGCAGUUUGAGGUGACGGUGCCCCGAACGGUGGGCAGUCUAGGAGGAGCAAGGGUCGAGGAAGAGGAGCCCGACGUCGAUAUGGAGGACGCAGACGAUGACGAGGGUCUCGAAGGAGCCACUCCACGUGUCAAGGAAGAACUUGCCGACGAGAAUGUGGUCAAAAAAGAACUCACAACAGAAACCGGGUCGCCAAAACAGACCGUUGACGACGAUGAUGAGGACGAGGAGAUGGAGCAGGACGACAAGGAAGAGGAACUUGAUCUGGAAAUGGAAAUCGAAAUUGAGGUGGUGGGAAAUGGAGCUGCGGUGGAGGAGCUGUCCCACGCCGAUGCAUCCAAAAAGACCAUUGCUUACUCCCUCUGGAACCCCGUCUCGGCCCAGCACAUUGGCUUUGCUGUGGGUCCAUUUGUGGAGGCGCCUCUGCCUGAUUUCAGAGACACAGACGAAGACGAGGACGGAGGAACACCAGCAGGAUUCCCCAUCAAGGUGUUUGCUCUUCCGGACCAGGUUUCCGACGCCUCAAACACAUGUGUCUUCCUACACAAGGCCAUCGAGUUUCUGACCAAUGAGUAUGGUUCAUUCCCGUUCGACGCCAUGAGCGUGGUGUUUGUGUCUGAGUAUGGCAAGGCACAGAUGGGCGCGUCUGGGGGUCUCUGUGUUGCCUCUGACGAUUUUCUGUAUCCUCCGGAUGUAGUGGAUCCCCUGCUUUCGUCCACAGAAGCUCUCACAGUUGCCCUGACUACCCAAUGGUGUGGUGUCAACAUUGUGCCACGCACCUGGAACGACACGUGGUUGACGCAAGGUCUGGCUAUUUACAUGGCUGCUCUGUUCAUGAAGCGUCUGAUGGGCAAUAACGAGUACCGGUACCGGUUUAAGCGGUUGGCUGAGAUGAUUUGUGAGGAAGAUGUGGGUCGCCCACCGCUCGCCAAGCCCCAUUUUCGAUUCCCUCUGUUUCCCAAGGAUCUGAGCUUCAUCAACCUGAAGGCUCCGGGAGUUUUGUUUAUUCUGGAUCGUCGAAUGACCAAAAUCGACAAGACGUUUGGUCUUUCUCGAGUCAUUCCCCGUAUCUUUCUGCAGUCUCUUUCUGGUGAUCUUGUCAACAAUGCUCUGGGCACAAACCACUUUUACAAGCUGUGUGAGCGAGUUUCGCACUGCAAGCUGGACGAGUUCUUUGACCAGUGGGUGUACUCGAGUGGUGUUCCUGUACUGCAGGUCACCCAGCGGUUCAACAAGAAGCGAAUGUUCAUUGAAAUGGGUAUUCGGCAGACCCAGACCGACAAGAGCGGCGAGAAGAAACCUGUGGAGGAUACCUUUAUUGGGGACGUUAUUCGGAGUGAAGAGGGAGUGGAUCAUGGGGAUGAGGAGGAAGGAGGUCCCAAAACGCCACUUUUUACUGGUCCCAUUACAAUUCGAAUCCACGAGGCUGAUGGUACUCCCUACGAGCAUGUGGUGGAUAUCAAGCACAUUUUUACCAAACUUGAUAUCCAGUACAACACAAAGUAUAAGCGGCUGAAGCGGAACAAGAAAGAGGUGGAAGCUGCGGCCACUGUUACUGCAACUGCAGCGCCUCCUGCAGCUUCUGCUUCAAACAAUGAGGAGGAUGAGGUCGGUGUGGUCAUCUCGUGUCUGGGUGAUGUGCUACAGACCGAUGCAGAGUUGGAAGAGUGGGAGCUCAGUGAGUGGGGCAAGGAUGAGGAGAUGCGCAUGUCCAAUGAGGCGUUUGAGUGGCUCCGAAUCGACGCAGAUUUCGAAUGGAUUUGUAAGAUCCAUGUCAACCAACCCGAUUACAUGUACGCUUCUCAGCUUCAACAGGAUCGAGAUGUGGUUGCCCAGUACGAAUCGGUGCAGUUCUUUGCCGAGUCGCGACCCUCCAAGGUAUAUUCGACGAUCCUGCUACGUACAUUGAUUGAUCGGCGGUACUAUUAUGGAGUUCGAGUGGCAGCAGCACUUGGGUUGGUGAAGAUGGCAGUUUCGGAAACGUCUUACAUUGGUCAGACGCAUCUGUUAAAGGCCUUUCAGAACUUGUUCUGUUUCCCCAACUCGUCUAUUCCUCGAUCUAACGACUUUUCGGAUUUCCCCACAUAUUUCGUGCAAAAGGCCAUUACUCGAGCCUUUUCUCAGAUCAGAAAUGGAGAUGGCGAGUGUCCCGCAGAGAUCCGGACGCUGAUUCUAGACAUUUUGGCCUACAAUGAGAAUUCAACCAACUCCAUGAGUGACUCGUUCUACCUGUCUGAUCUGAUUACGUUUUUGGCCGAUGUCUUGUGUUCGUCAGACAGCAACGACGAGUCUACUCGUGAAUUUGCUGCCCGUGCAGUCAACGAGAUUGAUCGGUGUGGUCGCCUGGACACUUGGAUUCCGUCGUACCAGAACGUGGUGACUGUGGCUGCAUUGGAGGCCAAGAAGCGGCUCUUUCUCAAGGGUCUAUUUUCUGCCAAGCUGCAGGAUCUCAUCCAGUUCACGCGUUCUGUCAACUCAUCGGAGGUGCGUCUGGCAGCUUUCGAGGCUAUGUUGCACAUUGGUGGGCUUCGAAACCACUACAUUAUGCAUUAUGUGUUCGCCUCGGCUGCUCUGGACGACUCUGCGCGGGUGCGAAACGGCAUCAUCGACCUCUUCACGCGGUAUCUCGGCACUUUGGCCAUCAAGGGUGAUAUGUCUGCAGAUAACCAUGCCGAUGACAAUGACGGUAUGAUUGUCGAUGAUGGUACCCAGGCGGCGAUGGAGGCGCGAAAGGUGCAGAUGGCUCGAACGUCGCUUACUGGGGCUGCAGAUAUUCUUCGAGACAUGCUCCGGCAGGACACCAGUCUCCAGACUGAGCUGUGGGACUCGCUACGAAGUCCAUACCACGGUCUGGAGGCCAAGUCGCAGUUGCUAGACGUGUGUCAGGUGCUGUUUGUACCUGUGGAUGCUUUCAAGGUCAAGUUGUCGACCCCCAGUCUGAUCAAGUUGGGCGUAGACUAUUCUUCUGGAAGUUCUUUGGCUUUGCGGGUGGAGUCCAACAUUCCUGCUCCGGAGAAGACGGCCGUGUUGCCUGCCAUCAAGAGCAAGCGGCUCAAGGAGCAGGCGCAGAGGUCGGAGAUUGUGGUGGUAUCCAAGAACAACCCAAAGGUCAAGUAUUCGGUGAGGCCGGGCUUCAGGAUCACGACAAAUCCCGGUCCCAAAAAAAAGGAGGUCAAGCGGUUGUCGGUAAAGCUCAGUUUCAAGUAA